UGACCAUGAUUUAAUUUUAUCACCUAUUCGAGUCCCACCGUUCAAUCAGUUGAGAUAUCGAACCAGUGUUCAACUAAGAUUAUGUUUGUUCUUUGUGCAGCAUCUUAUGUUUUACUCUUCCUGGUUUUCCUGAAAAUUGUUUCGAAACUGACCCGUGCUCGAUGUAAAAGUAAAGUGUGUCUGGUGGGAAAGGUCGCUUUGGUCACCGGAGGAAGUUCAGGAAUUGGUUAUGAGAUAGUUUUGAAACUUGCAUCACGAGGAUGUAAAGUAAUAGUAGCUGAUAAGGUAAUAGACGAAGAUAUAAAAGUAAAAGUCGAAAAAGAAACCAACAAUCCAAAUAUAAUUUUCGAAUAUGUUGAUUUAGCUUCAUUCAAGUCUGUGAGAAAGUUGACAGAAAAAAUAAAUAGAUCUGAGGAAAAACUGGAUAUUCUGAUCAACAAUGCCGGGAUACCAAGAAGUUCUGAAAUACCAACUGAAGAUGGAUUCAACCCUACCAUGCAGAUCAAUUAUUACAGCCAUUUCUUACUCACCCACCUAUUGGUUGGUCUUUUGAAGAAAUCUCCUGCAGCAAGAAUAAUUUUCACCAGUUCCGCAAAUGCUUACUUUCACCGCAUUUCACCAGAAAAUAUUGGACCCCUUGAAAUAAAGGAGGAAAAAAUCCCUUUGUUCAACUAUAUGAAUUCCAAGUUUUGCCUAGUCAUUGCCUCUGAUAUUUUUGCCGACUUACUCAAAAAAUACAAUAUAACUUCCAAUGCCUUUCAUCCUGGCGUAGUUCGAACUGAUAUUGUGAAAAAAUAUUAUCAACAGAAUUUGACUUGGUGGGAGCGAAUUUCCAUGCCUCUGAUCACACUUCUCUAUUUAUCAAUUGGAAAGAGUCCGGAAGAUGGAGCCGAAAUUGCGAUCCACAUUGCUACUUCGAAUAAGAUGGAACUUAUUACUGGGAAGUUUUUCAUUGCCACAGUUCCUUUCAUCAAACCUAGAGGCACUUUCAACAACGAAUUGCGUGACGAGAUUUGGAGAUUAUCUGAAAACAUUGUGAAACUCACGCCUGCUGAAAAGUUGAAAAGUGUCGGUGUCAAAUGAUUUAAUCAGUUUUCAAUUCAUUCUGUUACAUGUGAAGGAAAAGUUAGGGUUUGUUAAGGUCAUUGUACCAAUAAACAUCUAGAUUUUCUAUUCGA